GCAGCAGAGGCAGAAGGCGGGAGACGCGAGGGCGGCGAGUGGCUUUGAGUCACCCAGCGGCGGCAGCGGCAGCAGCAGCAGCAGGAGGAGCCCUCGGCUGAACGGGACGAGCCGGGAGAGAGUGAGAGGAGGGAGGAGGAGGAGGCAGGGCCCGGCCCCGGGGCUCGCGGAGAUGGAGGCGAGCGACGCGCUGUACAUCACGGAGGGCGGCGAGAUGCCCGCCGAUAUUGUGGAGCUGCACGAGAUCGAGGUGGAGACGAUCGCCGUGGAAGCCUUGGGCUCGGCGCUCAUGGAGGUGGACGGCCACUCGCCGGGCAUGAUCGCCCUGCAGCCCAUAGAGCAGCACGAGCACCACCUGCACCUGCAGCAGCAGGAGGUGAUUCUGGUGCAGACGCGGGAGGAGCUCGUGGGCGACGACGAUGACGGCGGCGGCCUCACCGUGUCGGCCUACGAGGACCACCACCAACAGCACCACAUCCUCAUCCCCGUGCCCGUGGACGAAGAGGAGGAGGAAGAGGAGGACGACGAGGAGGAGGAGGAAGAGGACGACGAGGAGGAGGACGACGAAGAUGACGAUGACGAUCUUAUCGAGAGGUCUCUGGCCGCAAUGCAGCCCAACACAACCAUCACCACCAUCACCACCUCGUCCGUCCCGUCCACUGCGCUGGCGGCGGCCAGGGCGAGACCGUCGAAGAAGGGAGGUGGGAAGAAGGGGGGAGGAGGAGGUGGCUCGGUCAGGCGGGGUUACCAGCUGGAGGCCGGCGAGGUGCUGCCCGAAAGGCCGCCGCGCCGCUGGGAGCAGAAGAAAGUUCAGAUCAAGACCCUGGAAGGGGAAUUCUCGGUCACGAUGUGGGCCUCAGCGGAUGACAAGAAAUCAGACGGGGAGGCGGAGGACUUGGCAGAGGAGGUGGUGUCGGGAGGCUCGCCGCUGCCCGAUUACUCGGAGUACAUCACGGGCAAGAAGCUUCCGCCCGGCGGAAUCCCUGGCGUUGACCUCUCAGACCCAAAACAGCUAGCGGAGUUUGCAAGAAUGAAGCCCCGGAAACCCAAGGAGGAGGAGUCUCCAAGGACGAUCGCUUGUCCACACAAGGGAUGCAACAAGAUGUUCCGUGACAACUCUGCGAUGCGUAAACACCUGCACACCCACGGGCCACGUGUGCACGUGUGCGCUGAGUGUGGCAAGGCCUUCGUCGAGAGCUCCAAACUCAAGCGGCACCAGCUGGUGCACACAGGCGAGAAGCCCUUUCAGUGCACGUUCGAAGGCUGUGGCAAGCGCUUCUCGCUGGACUUCAACCUGCGCACGCACGUGCGCAUCCACACAGGCGACCGACCGUAUGUCUGCCCCUUCGAUGGCUGCAGCAAGAAGUUUGCACAGUCAACAAACCUCAAGUCGCACAUCCUCACGCACGCCAAGGCCAAAAACAACCAGUAAGGGGACGGUGGCAUCUCAACCCCCCACCCCCCCCUCCGGUCACGUCUCGGCGCAGACGACUAAACGAGAGAAAGUGAGGACGAGACGAGUUAAACAAAACGGGUGGGGACGGUGAGCGUCCGUUUGCGGGCGGAAGACUCUUUUUCUCUCUCUCUCCCAACUGCCGAGUUUUUUUCAGUCGGAAGUGAAAAAUGCCACAACAAUGGAGCAAAGAAAAACAUUUUGAAUUGGGGAAAAAAAGGAGGGAAAACAGCACGACUAGAAGAAUCAAAUUAAUGACUCAGAAGAGGAAAGCUGAGGGGAGCAAAUGCUUUGCCCGUCGGGAGACCAACACAUGGCUUUUGGUACUGGCCAAGCGAAAGAGUGCUUGCGGAGUUUGCCUUGCGACUGGUGCUGCCGUGUCACGGCAGUGUUACCGAGUCCCACGUUGUUCUGGGCAGUUGGGGCCUCAAUGCCGGGGCUUUCGAGCGAGUGCUUCAUUUCAGUUGCAGCAGCACACACACGCGGAGGGGGGGUUCGAUUUCUUCAGCAUCGUUGGUUCUGCCUGCCGAAGCCGCGUGUCACCAGCGCGUCUCGCCCAGAACCGCUCCGUUUCUGCAUAAAGGUUUUGGAACCGGAUCCCACAUCUUUGCAGCCACACGGUGCCAAAUUAUCUCCUGUAGGUGUAAAAGCUUGACCCAGUAUCUUAAAACAUUUGGUUUUCGGACUUUUAUUUUAUUGCCUGUUUUAUGUUUCAUUCGGAAAUGAAAUGUUGCUGAAUUUGGCUUUGGCAGUUAAGUGAAUUGUUUCUCAUUUUUACUCCGGUCUUUCACCAGGACUCGCGUCCAGGAGAAAACAAUAAUUAUUGCUAAGCCCCCAUGGGAGAGUGGAGCGCGUUUGUUGAUGCGACUUGGGUUUUUGGGGCACAGCAGUUUGACUUUCAUCGUGCCAGCUUCACACAAGCACUCAAAACCGAUGACGUCUUUGACAAAAUGCAUGAUUUUUUUUAUAUUAUAAUAAUAAUGUUAUUAUAUUUUUUUAAGUGGGCUUUUCGAUGCCGUUUUACAAACAAAUGAUUAUUUUGAGCAGGGUUUUUCAAAUCUUGGAAAUGAAAAGUAAAAAAAAACUACUGCGGAAGAAUGAAUUGUGCCUUUUUAUUUUUAAUUUGUAUCCACUAUGGCUGAAAGAAUUUGGCGCCCUGUCGCGCAGUUUCCACGUGUUCAGUAGGGGAGUAGUGCUUAAUUAAAACUCACAUUUUCAUCCGCGUGCAUCCGGCCAUUGAUAAGAAGUCACCAAGAUUUAUUUAGAGCUACAAUCAUCUGUAUAUAUUUUUUGUCCUUUUGAAGCCGGCUAGAAAAUGAAUUUGAGUCGUAAAAAAUUAACCCGUAAAAACAAAGUUUUUCACUAUAAAUCCUUUAUAUGCGUGUUCAAUGGGCCACAACCCAGCCCACAUUGGUCUUUGAAACGGGUGGCUAGAGUCCUCUCGUCCUCUGGCUUGAGAUGGCUGCCACCUAUGGGUCAGAUGAUUGCCUGCCACCAUUAAGCAAUUGGGAAUUAAAUAUAAUUUUUUUUUACCUAAAAAGUGUAAAAUUUUGGGAAAAAAAUUUCACGAAAAUAAAUUGUCACGCACAACGAGUCUGUGUGCAAAAUGUCAGCUCGAUUGGAUCACGGGAAGUGCGUUAAAAAACGACCGAAAGAUUUGCACGGUCGUAAGCGCGCAAGCAAGCAAACUUAAUAUAAAGGAUUUAAAAAUGUUUAUCGUGCAAACUGUGUCCCCUUAACUGCCAGCCACAGUAAUGCACCCAGUGUAGAGCCACUGCCUCAUUCAAUACAGAAGCCCUGUCUCGUACAUCACUGAUAUGUGACGCCACGGCGGCGAGAUGUUAACUACCUCGCCCUGGUAUACAGGAGGUCGUGGGUUCGAUCCCGGCCCUGACGCCUGCUGUAUAUUUGGAGUUUGCAUGUUUUCCCCGUGGCCGCGUGGAUUUUUCUCCGGGUCUUCCGUUUUUUUUCCUCCGCAUUUAGAAACAUGCGUUUUGAGUAUUUGGCUGCUAUGUUUCCAUGUGAUAAGCCUCUUCAUUGAGCUAUCAUUUGUGGCCAGGUCACUUCUGAAAAAGAGCUAUAUAUCUCAGUGGGCCUUACAUGGUAAAAUAAAAAAAAAUAGUUUAGCUUUCUUUUAUGGGUGGUCUGAUAUCCUCCAAUAUGAAAAACAUUGCUAAAUUAUUAAUUGGCCACGCAUCCCAGUGCAGGAGAUAUCUGAGAAAUAUUCGUGAGAAUCAUAGUUCAUCUUUAGAUAGAGCCCUAGUUGUAAGCCUCUUCCCUACAUCUUGCCUACUGUCAUUGUCCACAUCAGAUUGGUUUGUUUGAAGGCAACCCCCGUGAUGUUAAAUAAUUAAAGUUGAGUUAUCUGCUGAAUUUAGGUAACAUUGAAGUCGACUCACUAAGUUGUUUUUAUGUAUAUAUGAAAAAAACUCCGGAUGGAGAGCAGGUUAUUAAGACAGGCAUCAUUGAGACAGACAUUGGAGUGGUACCCAGAUGUUGGUGACCAAGGGGAAAGCUCUGAAGCCAAAUGUUGGGAUACAAAAUUUGUAGGUUGACUCGGUUGUUGGUUGAUUGCUGCACAACAGCUGUGGUAUCUGGCAGACAGGGGAAGCGAUGGUAAGGUCUGGUAAUACUGGUAUUGGCUGUGACGACACCUCAGCUUUGGCUACCAAACCAAAUGCCUUUCUGAACCAGUGUUUCCCAGUGGCACUUGUUUCAACAAUGCAAAUCCCGAGCCGGUUUUGGUUUUGCCUGAGCCAUUGGCACUGCUGCCCAAUGGAUUAAUACGACGGGGUUGCAUGACGUUAUAAACCAAGACACAUCCACGAGCAUAGUUUGCUUCGGUUAAACACAUGCCUCUAUAAAAACAAAAGUUUAUCUGGAAGACCUUUUCAUCGGUGGACUUCAAUGUUAUUUUAUUUCAGCGAUGAUGCAAACAUCAGUCUUAUUUAUUACCCGCAAUACGUGACGACAUGAUGGCUUUGUCAGCAAUAUUGAGCUGGAUCCCAGCUUCUAUCGCCAAAUGCUUUAGCGUAGGACGUCGGUGUGUGUGUGGAGUUGGUGCAGUGAUUUUCAAUCUUGUUCUUGUGGCCUCAUCUGACCCAUGCAUUACACUAGGCUCAUGAGUGUGGUGCUAACUUUGCGGGGCCAGGAAGUACAUUAUACAACCCCUAACCCCACUUCUGAUUUCUAACUUGUGAGGGCAGAAUUGAUAUUUGUUGCUGUUGGGUGACUCAAAAGUUAAACAUUUCCAACCAGCUCCAUGUUUAGCAUUUGGAAAUAAUCAUUUCUCUUGAAAACCCUCAGCCAUUGGUAGAAAUGCUGCAUUCCUUUGACAGAGACCACUUUCCGUAGGACAAUCACUGGUGGCUUCUAUCAAAUUGGUCGUCAUUUUUACGAAGGACCAAGUCGAGUCCUGAAUGUAAUUUUGAAUGUGUGACCUGGUUGUACGCAGUGGUGCUUGGCUUCUUCUAGCAUCUCGCCAUCCACAAUCGUGCUUUGGUUAGACUGCUUGACUCUACCAAAAAGUUCCUUGAGAGUUGAUUCGGCCCUUUGAAGCUCAAUAACAUAAGCAGCAUCAGUGGGAAGUCAACAGUGAUCAUCCUACCAGGUGAAUGACUCCUGUCUGGAAAUGAGGAAUAGCCAUCGCACUGCAGCGUGCUUGUUUGAGCAGGUGGGAUGCCUUCGCGACCAAAUAAUAACUUCCAUUUAUGAAUUCACCAGGCAUCCAUGCAUCCCACAGACAAUAUGCUAAGUUUAGUACCAACACACCUGAAGGGAAAUGUCAAUGUUUGACUCCACUCCCAGGGCUUUAGCUUCGACCUUCAAAUUAUUUGCUGUCCUUGUUGUUUUGGAACGUGACAUAAUGAACAUAGAAUGGUACCUGUUUAAAAUGUUAUUUGAUUUGUACAGUCGAUGUAUGUGUUUUGUUCGUUUGCGAGGCGUUGAUUUUUUUGGAAGCUACCCCUCUUUGUCAGAAACGCCGGCUGGCCAGCGCUGGGUUUUGCCAUAGCAGCAGUCGCCAUGCUCGCAGGUGUCGGUUCUCUCCCUGAAGUUGCAAGGACUCACGGCUGCGCUUCUGUGGGAAUUUACCUCUGGGAGGCUGCUUUUCAGACCCCAGGUGUGCGUGUUCGUCUCCGCAAGGGGAAACUCUGUUGCGGCUGAGCAGACCGAGAUGAGUGCGUCAAACGCGCCAAGGACGAGCAUUCGGUUUGAAAUAACAAAAAUAAAAAUAGUUCUUUAUUUAACCAGCAAAAGCCUCACUGAGUCCCAAGACACUUUUUUUUUAUGUUUCUACAUCGAGAUGUUUGCCACAUUCAUUUUGCUUUGCAUGUUGAGAUGAAAGCCAGAUUACCUAGAGACGAAAUCUUGCAAGCAGAUUACGCUGAAAGUUCUGCGAAAAUGUUUCAUGAGCUCACUUUCUGUACCGUCACCUGCCAUCUAGUGGCCCAGCAGGUGAAGGAAUCUCCAAGCUCACGAUGAUCUGUAUGUGAUCCACAAACCCCACUUCUUUAGGCACUUUGUUACAUCGAUCCAGCACUGAUUUACAGCUGUUUAAAGCGAUAUUCACAUCCCUCACUUGCCAACUUCCGUUUCAUAUAAGCACAUCGUUCCUGUAUAGUUAUUUACUGCACAUUUGUUAUAUUCCUGACAUGUUUGUUCUGGUCCUUGAUUAUGACGAAUGAAACAAAUUAUUGUUUUUUUUUUAGUUUGUCAAAGUGUGUCUUGCGCUCUCCUUCCAGAACAUUCUUAAUGCUGCUAUUUUUUACUACAUAUUUUUGUUUCAUACUAUAUUCGUAUUUGGAAUCCGGGUUUGUGCUGGAACUAAGUUUCCAAGCACGGGUCUAGUUGGGCGGUGCUGCUUUUUUGGAAAGCUGCACAUUGAAGUCUGGGUUCAUCCAAGCCAAUCGUCCAUGGGGGAGGGGGGUGGGUCAAUAACAUGAGUGAGCCUGUGGGAAGUCGUCAGUAGUUGUCCCGUUGAUCAACUGGCCCUGCCACGAGGAUGUUGAAUUUACACCACCAGCAGAUGAUCACCGCCCCAUUGCUCGUUUGAGUAGACCCUUCGUCUCAAAUACUUACCCAUGUGUUGCCAGCACAUUGCUCAACCGGGGCUGACCUGUGGCAUCGUGCGGCCCAAAAUUACGUACGUGUGGUGUAGUGUGUACAAGCGGUUCUCGUUUGUGCCAUUCAUAUGUCAUGGGUGGAUCGGUGUGUGUAGGGAGUGCUCAUUACCUCUCCAUUGUGCUGGUAUGCUGUGAGCAGCAGCUCUUUGCUGCCAGAAGCACAACUUGUGUUUUGACAGGCAAGAACAUUCGUAAAAUGUAGGUGUGCUGAACUCAUUGGGCAACCUGCACUGGCUCAUUGUUUGCAAUUGAAAUUAAAUCAUGUUUUGCAAUUGAAGUUUAAUUGCCAGGAGACGUUGAUCAGAGCACUCAAAUUUGCUUUAGUAGUGAUCUUUGGCUGAAUACUAGAUGGCGCACUUCUAUGUGUUCUUAAGAGUGAACAUUGCUUGGAAAACUGCAACAUGUACUCCUCAAAGUGGAGCUACGCUAAGAUUGAGUGACAUCUAAAUUGUAUUUUGCUGUGGUUUUAGUGGCACUGUCCGUGGAUAAUGUAACUCGGAAGGUUGAAAGUUCCAAUACUGAUUGACGGUUGAAUCAACAGUGAAAGUGUGUAUUUUUACACCCGAUUUUCAGGGCUGCCAAUGGAAACGAGUUCUAACGACCUCGUCACAACUGGAUAUUAUGAGAUAAUUUGACUCGAGUAGCAUAUUUUUAUUACUUUGCUCGGUGAAACCUGCUGAUGCAACUUUCAUCGUUCCACUUCUACCUUUGGCCUGAUCCAGCAGCGCAUGCUUUAUUCUCAGGCUGACGAGGAUCGUCACCGGCUGGGAUUGAAAACCCCCGAUGGCUUCUUGCCCCGUUCACAGAGACGGAGCAUCCCUUGGCCCUGCACACGGCCACCGCUUUACCCCCAACAAUCGGCACAGCUGCUGCCGUCGUGUUCCCCCGGCAACGGUGCCUUAAUGAUGUCGUGGCGCUCUCGUCAAGACAAAAGUUGGGGUGGGGUAGCGGGGGGGGGGUGUGCAGUGCCGUGCUUUAAUCGUGGACUCGCGCGAAGCCACACAAUGAAGGAGUGGCUCUUGGGAGCCGCUCGCUGUCCAUGUUUUAUGGAAAUGGAUGGCAAUAAUAUCUUGCCAGGUGGUGGUGCCAUUCGUCGCGUGCUAGACACACGCUCCCAACGCUGGGGGAGGGGGGGGGUCAGUCCUGAUUGAGAAGUGACUCCGCCCAUUAUUAUCGUCAUAACGUUGAGGUUGAGGACAUGAUUUCCACUGUGGGAAGUCAACGGGUUGUCUAAUACACAGGAGAGGUUGGUUUUUGUCAUGAGAAUGUGGAAUUUCCAGCACUGGCCAGGGGACAGCCAUGGAGAUGAGUGCUGCCUCAUGCUUGUUUGAGCAGAGAACAAUGUUGACGUUCACCUAAUUAUUCCAACUCCCAUUUGUGCUAUUUAGGCGAGGAGGCAAUAUUCCUGGUCACCGAGGGAAGUGGAGGGAGACGCGUCUUGAAUUCAGACACUCCCACAAAAGACAUGGGCUUCAGAACUCCAUACACUGUCAUGUAGAGUGGGUCAACACAUCACCUUCACAUGUCUACAGCUGUAUUGGGAAGUCUACUAAGUGGGUAGUCUGAUUCAUGUUUAUAAGGAAAUUGUAAACCUAGUGAUUACGAUGACACCCAACUACACUUGAUAACUAUUUUCAGAUGGCAACAUUGUCAACGGAGGCGAUAAUCUAGCAAUGUUGAGGUGGGGUUGGUGGAUCACUUGGAGAUCAUUGAUAUUCAAGCCAAACUCGGUUGUUAGGUGGCCAGGAUAUGCCAGUGGAACAAUGGGCGGGUCACUGGCUCGUUUGUAAAGAUGAUUUAAACAUCCCCGUUAUAUGCAAGGCUUUCAUUUGUUCAUUCCAGUUUCACUUGCACGUGCAUUUUUAUAAAAAAAAGAUUUGGCCAAAAGAAGAAAGUGUAUUGAAUCCCAAAAGAGGCUUUUGCUGGGUAAACAGUGGACUAUUGUGUGAUCCGAUAUGAUGUUCGUGAUGAUUCGAUGGCUUUGACAUGGCAAAUGACCACAAUGAGUUUUUUUGUAGCAUUUCUGUACACCGGGUAAAGUAGUUGAGAAGAUCUUCUUGGUUCUUUCGGUAAAGUCACGUAGAA